GUUUAUUUAUUGAAAAACGAGUAUGUAGGCUGAAGUCAAGUUUGUUUUACCAUAUUAGUCAAAAAAGGCUGUUCCGCCAACGCGAAAUGUUGACGUAAUGAGUCAGACGAGCUGGGACACAAGGACGGUGAGCUCAAUAGGUAUGACAAACAUUUGAACAUACAUAUGUAAUAAACAGUUCACCCACGAUACCAUGUUAUGACGAUGAAUCAAAUAAGAAGGUACCAUUUACAUAACUUAAAAUCAUUAUUUUAUUUGAAAAUUUGAACUGAUUUUACACUAUAAAAGCGACGAAUGAGUUUCAAACUAGUCUAAUAUUAAAUAGAGGGGUAGAGCGACAGCUCAAGAAAACAAAUUUUUAGAACUUACUUUCUGAAAAUUCAUGACUUUCCAAAAGGAGGGUAUUAGUCUACACGAAACCUACAAGAAUGAUGGAUCACCGGUUCGUCAUAUGUUGCAUUAUUGUGGUUAUAUCUACCCCUACUGUGAUACAAUGCAUAUCUGUGGUUGGUCCCAAAGUGUUGCGGCCAUUCAGCACGUAUAGCGUGGCUAUAGCUGGCGGGUCCCGUGCCCACAACCUUUACGUGGCUGUGGAGGGUAGACGCGCUAAUGGUGAACAGUUCACACAAGGGCAGGAGGUACAAGUACAGGCAGCUACCUCCAGACAUGUCGAAUUCAAUAUUGGAGACCUAGGUCCAGGUCAAUAUUCAUUAGUGGCACGGUCCACAUCAGGGCCAUUGUUCUCAUCAUCAGCGCCGCUAGUAUAUCAACAACGCAGUUUCUGUAUAUUUGUACAGACCGACAAACGCGUGUAUAACCCAGGAGAUACCAUCAACUUACGAGUUAUCGCCUUGAACAAAUACUUACUGCCGCUGACUGGUACAGUGGACGUGAACGUGCUAGAUGCAGGAGGUUCCCCGGUCAGGCAGUGGGCUGCAGUAACGUUAGACAGGGGGCUUUUCACUGACCUGUUGACUCUUGCUGAUGAGCCGGCACUAGGAGAAUGGACUAUUCAGGUGGAAAUCCGUGGGCAGACAUAUUCGCGACAGAUAUUAGUGGCAGACUAUGUCAUGCCCAAGUUCCAAAUGGAUCUACAAAUGUCAAAGGAGCUACUUUUCAGCGAGGGACGGUUCACCAUCGAUGUUACUGCCAAGCAUUUCAACGGCUUACCGGUGCGUGGGGAAUUAACAAUUUCAGCGUAUAUUGUCUUCUUCUCGGGACUAUUGCAACCAGUAUAUUCAUCGCCUUCUCGGAAAGUAUUCGAAAUCAAUGGCAAUACACAAGUUACAUACGACCUCAAAACUGACCUAGACCUCGCAGAAGACGAAGCGCGGCCUUUAGUUAUCGAAGCCGUUAUAGAGGAAAAAGAUACACUCAUCAGACAAAACGUAUCAUCGAGGAUACUUUUAUUGAGAACUCCAUACAGGCUGAAGGUCACAGCGCCCGAUUACUUCAAGCCAAAUCUACCUUACAAUGUUCAGAUUGAAGUAACAAAUUCAUCUGGAGAAAUAAUGAACACUGACGGCGAGAUUACGGUCGAACGCCUUUGGGACGAUGGUGCGCCACCCAACACUACCACAGUUUCUCUGAAAAACGGCUUCGCCACUUAUACUAUUAUACCAGAGCCCGCGUAUACUAAUUCAACACUUAAUUUACAGGUCCGAUAUAAGGAAGUGACAGAGCGUGUGGUGAAUGUGCAAAGCAGUCAGGGUUCAGCAAACCAAUACCUGACCAUGGAGCUGCUCACUAGGGGGACGAGUGUUGGAGACGAGAUGCGUGCUCGAAUCACUGCCACGGAACCUAUGGAUUUGGUGCAUUAUGUUGUUAUUGGGCGCGGAGAUAUUCUCAUGGCUAAGACAUUAGAGUUGAACCCGGUCCGGCGCAGCGUGGACAUAUCGAUACCGGUGACGGCAAAAAUGUCGCCGGGCUGUGUGCUACUGGCCUGGUACCCGCGGCUCGACGCCGCCAGAUACCCUAUAGUGGCCGCCGCUGUGUACGCGCCCCAACGGAAUCUGUUGCAACAUAAGGUGUCGUUGUGGCCAGCAGCUAGCAAUGUUCGUCCAAGCAGCGUGGUGGAGGUACAAGCGCGGGCGACGGCGGGCAGCCUGGCCGCGGUACUGGUGCAACCUGCUGCCGCCGCGCGGGCAGGACUCGCCGACCCACACGGACUCGGUACCGGGCUCGAUAUGCACACCAUUGAAAGAGAAGUAGAAAGCUUCAUAGGUUUGAAGCACUCCUUUUUCAAGAAUGAAGAUUAUCUCCCUGGCGCUGGAGUCGAUAUAAGCGGCAGCAGUUCCAUGGAUGUGUUUCAGAAUGUCGGUGUAGUAAUCUUAACAGAUGGAGUGAUAAUUCAAAAUAAUAAACCAGAAGGAACAAAUGAAGUGGAGACGGGCACGCGGCCACCACUGGCAGGCCCGUACGCGUUCAGCCGAUUGCCACCGCCACCAGCACCACGGUACUACCUCACCGAGCCACUACCGCCUGCUUCAGAUACCACGCGAGUAUUCAGCAAUUUCACUAUUGGUUCCGAUGGCAAGAGUUCAACUGAAACUCGUUCUCCAGGAUUGCCAUCAGAGCUGACAGUAGGAGGCUUCGCAAUAGACCCAAACUUAGGUCUUGGUCUUGCUGAGCCGACAACUUUUUCUGUUACCUUGCCACUCUCCAUCACAUUGGAACUGCCAACCACUAUGCAAAAGGGGGAGACACUGGCUGCUAUAGUGGUGCUAAAGAACACCCUUACAGUUGAUCUAACUGCUGAAGUCACAUUCUACAAUUCCGACCAAUACUUCGAAUUCGAACCAUUGGACAAUGAUGUUGGCUCAUCUAAGAAAAUCGAGCUAUUCAGUCGGGCAAGUGUAAAAGUACCCGCACAAGGAACAGCCAGCACGGCGUUCCUCGUGACUAUCAUUCGCGAUGGUAGCGCACCUGUCAUGGUUGAAGCCACCGGCGGUGGACACUCCCAUUCUAUUUCCCGAACGAUCGAUGUUAAAGACGGAUACGAAGAAGAUCUGUGGUCGUGGAGCGUAUUGGACGCGCGCAACGGCGUGGCUCGUGAGCGCGUAACGCUACAGGCGCCGGCGGGCACACGCCCGGGCGGCGCGCUGCUCUCGGCGGCGGGCGAGCUGGUAGCUGCUGCACUGGCUGCCGCACUUUCCACCACCGGCCCCGCACCCGCAGCGGAUCCGCCCCAUGCCAUACGACCGCUAGCGCUUGCUUGCGUGCUCAUCGACUAUUUACAGACGAAAGAUCAGCCAGUACCAGCAAAGAUUCACUCCCUAGUGUCUACUGGUUUUCAACGGCUAAUGUCAUAUCGUCGGCAAGACGGAUCCUUUGCACCAGAAACGGAUAGCGAAGUCGAGGGAGAUGUAUGGACAACUUCGGUGUGCGCUCGGUGGCUGGCGCGGUGCGCUCGCCACGUGCAGACGUCACCCGAAGCUGGCGUGGGCGCGGCGCGCUGGCUGGCCGCACGACAGCUCGCUGAUGGCAGCUGGCCGCCCGCUCGCCGGGUGCUCGCACCGCGAGCGCAGCGACCGCUGCCACUCACUGCACACGCGCUUCUCGCGUUACUACAGACCAAGGGCAGUGACAUCCUUUACAAAGACAACAUCGACAGUGGUGUGGAGUACAUAGCGCGGGGUUUGUCACCGCAGUUAGACGCCUACACCCUUGCGGUGGCCGCCAGUGCGCUCGCGGCUGCCCGUAGUCCGCAUGCCACGAUUGCGCUACAGAUGCUUGACCAAUACGGAAACACCACCGGUUCAGCAGCAUACUGGUCGCGUCAUGUCUCGGGACCGGAAUGGCGUAACCCAUGGCUGCGCGAUAACAGUGUGGACGCUGCCACAGCCUCUUGGGGUCUGCGCGCGCUUCUGUCUACCCCCACUCUUGACUCUGCUGCUCCAGCCGCUGGGGCAAUGCCGCUGGCACGAUACCUAUUGCAAACCGUUGGGCCCUACGAUCCUGAUCCCGAUGUAGUCGACGCAUUAGCUCAGUUUUCCGAAUCUAUACGAAUAUCGAGCACAUUAAGAAUAUCGGUGAACGUUAGCGAAUCCGAAGAACCUAGGCAGUUCCAAAUCAUGCCAAGCAAUGCUUUUGUGAUCCAAAAUCAACAGAUUCGCAACGUCCGCAAUGUGAGUGCAAUGACUGAAGGCAGAGGUGUCGCAAUAUUGGGCCUUUCUGCUAAGGGUUAUACGAAUGUGACGGCUGCCUGGCCACGGUAUACUCUCGACCCACGGGUCGACCAGGUUUCUACCAGCUACCGGCUCCAGCUCUCCAUCUGUGUCGGAUUCGUAGCUCAAAGUAAUGACACAGAGAGUGGACUCACUCUCCUUACAGUGCAGUUACCAUCAGGAUAUUUGGCCGAUAUAAAUACACUUACUGAGUUGACGAGUGCGCGGCACGUGGUGCGCGCGCGGCUGCAGGCCGAGGGCGCCCGCGUGGCCGCGUGGAUGCGCGUGGGCCGCGCCGAGCGCUGCGCCACGCUUGCCGCGCCGCGGGCGCUCCCCGCCGCCCGCCAGCGCGCCGGCUGGGCCACGCUCAUCGACCUCUACGACUCCAGUCACCGCGCGCGGCAAUUCUUCCAGCCGGUGACGAGCACCGCGUGCGACGUGUGCCGCGAGUGGCCGUCGUGCGAGCGCGCGUGCGGCGCCGCCGCGUCGCAACGCGCUGCCGACCGGCCCGCCGCCGGCGGCCCUGGCGGCCCUGGCGGCGCCGCGCCCGGCCACGCCGCCCCGGCCGCGCCUGCUCACGCCACCACUCUACUUCUACUUCUCACUCUUACCUUCAUAGUCAAUCUGACAUUACGAUAGCAAUAUAGCACCAAUUACAUGUAAAUAGAGUCGCAUUUAUACCAUAAUACACCACACGUUUUUUUUUGCAGUAAUAAUCUUACCACAUAAGAAAGGAAACUACAAAAGUAUCUAUAUGUGUAUUACUAUUUGUGAGUAGUUCCUUAUUCUUAUUUGGCAAGAUUUAUUCUCUAAAAAACUGUGCCAGUGUAUUGCUAUAUAAACUAAGCUUUAGUUGAUAAAUGCUUUAUCAAUUUUGCCGCAGACAAACUGAAUGAGUGAUUUGUAAUUGUGUACUUGCUAAUUCCGUUAUACAUUUUUAAUUUUUAAUUGAAUAAAUUGACUGGCUCUAAAGACUCAUAAAAGGUUUACCUAGAGCCCUACAUACAUUAAACGAUUAUUAUAAUGAUUCAUCAUUCCAUUUUAAAAAUCGAAUAUGUGGGAUCGUACCUCUGUAACGAUAUCUUGUCCUAUUUUGUACAGAAAGGUGAACAGAACAGAAAACACCUGACUCUGGCUCACUAGUGUUGAAGAAUUUGGUUUAAGAAAAAGUGUAGUCUAUCACGUCAUAGUUAUUAAUUACAUACCGCAACUUAUUUGUGUGAUCUAAAUCUAAUUAUAAUCCUAACAAUACUUAAUGAUAAAUAUUUCAGUAUUAAAUAUUUACCUAUAUAACGCCAAAAUCACCAUAAUCGUAACUAAUAUUUAACUCAAUUAAAUAGGUACCUAAAUAAGUAGACAUCUUGUUUCAUAUAAAGAGCUUUGAGUGAAUAUUGAAUAAUAAAAUUGCGAACUACUUGAGUACAAUGUUGUUUAAUAACUUUUUAGCAAUGAUUUUUUUUAAUUAAGUUGUUUUAAAACAGCUAUGUGUUAUUUAAUUUACUGAAUUUGUUAAAAAAAAAUGUAAAAAUAAAACAAUCUCUGUACAUAUUAAUUAAGUAGAUACCUAGGUAGUAUUUUUUCUUAAUAUCUAACUUAAAUAAAUAAUUAUCCCAUUA